UUUUCCCCACAACGAAAGACCAAACAUUCGCGUAACAUCGUGACAGCGAGAGUGAUUAAUAAAAUGCUGUAAUAACUUGUUUCACAGCCGGUGUAAAAUAAAUAUGUUUAAAUUUAUCAAAGUACGAUGUACUUGUUACAUGAAGCAAAGCGGAAGUUGAAAUAUCAAAAUAAUAAUGCGAUAACGUUUGUAAAAUCAUAUCUUCAGUUGAUUUUACAUUGAGGUAGUUAAAAAAAAAACCGCCACAUUUACAUACUGGGUGAUACAGUAUGAUUUAAUCAGUUGCUUUGUUUUAUCCGUGCACGUACUGGAGAUAGUUAUGAUCAAAUAUACAGUCGCCCGACGAGUAACAACGCUAUAGUGACCUUGGUACAACGAGUGGUAGCCCAAGAUGAUCACUGCGGCCCCACCAACCAACCAGACGUCGGACAUAGCGCUCCCUAACAUCAUCCUGACCGGCGGAAGUAGCGCUCUCUCUAUCGUGGGAGCUCUUUUCAUAUUUUGCAGUUACUCAUUUAUACCACCGGAAAAGAAUUUCACCCGUAAGUUGCUGAUGUAUCUGACGGUGGCGGACUUUGUGACGGCGUUUGGGAACAUGGUUGGGAUGGUCCGCUACGUGACGCUCUACGGUACAGGCCCGAGAGUUCAGAACUGCAGUGGCCAUGUUAAGACGGAAGAAGAGUGGCUGUGCAAGACCCAGAGUAUCCUUACGACCGCUUCCAACAUGUCAUCCUUCCUGUGGACGCUCGUGAUCGCCGUGCACCUGUGGGCGUCUGUCGUGCUGCAGUCAGAUAAAACCAAGUCCCGCCUCGCACGCUUCAUUUACCAUGUCUUAUGCUGGGCGGUACCGGGUGCUGUGGUAGCUUCGAUAUUUGGAUCCCUUGGUGAAGACUAUUGUUUCGGUACGGGCGUAUGGUGCGGAAUCCGUAGCGAUUUGCCCCACCACGAGGUCGAAAUGCUCAUGUACAUCGCUGACAUCGCCUGGCAACUCUUCUCCUACAUUGCCUCCUGUUUUCUACUUGUUUUUAUCAUAUUUUACUUAAGAAUGAAAAGGCUCAACAUAGGUGAGGUGAGGCCGUUCUUGCGAGGGGAAGAUAGAAACUAUUUGUACAUAUGGUUUGUGUUAUACAGUUUGAAACUCUGGGGUAUUAUCCGCUUCUUUUUGACAACGUACAUGCCCGCAGACAAGCUGAAUACCCGACACAUGAAAACGUUUUUGAAAGUUUUACUCUACCUUCAAAGUUACGGCGCAAGUGGACAGGCAUUUUGGAACUGUGUAGUUUUCUGUCUUUUAGAUAGAACCGUAAGAAUCGGUUUUAAAAAUAAAUUGUUCGGAUGCAAGGCAGAAACUAGGCCAUUGCUGCACGAAGAUAGUGAUAAAUUAUUUUGUUGCAAUCCCUGUAUACAGACAUACCCAGACGAUCAAUAUAAUGUAUCUCGUGACUCCGACCGUUAGCACAUAUCCUACCGCGCUUUUCAGUGCGGUGAUUUUAUAAUACAGUCUGUAAAAAAUCGAAUAAAAAAUCGUAAAAAGUU